GCUCUAUUACUAUCCUUACAUAAAUCUUCUUAAAGCCUUUCAAUUUUCAUUACAUCUUUCACCAUAAUUCAUAAACUAUACCCACCAUGUCUAAUCAAACUUUGCCACCACCCAUCAACGAUCCUUACCAAUACCUCAAAGUUCAACACAAUCCCAACGAUACACUCACUCGAAAUCUUGAAGAUCCACACACCUCACCUUCAUUAGACACUUCUCUUUCUGUUCUCACCAAAGAUCUCACCAUCAACCAAUCAAACCAAACAUGGCUUCGAUUAUUUCUACCUAAAAAAGCAACAAAUGUUUCAAACCUAAACAACAAGCUACUACCACUUAUUGUUUUCUUUCAUGGAAGUGGCUUCAUUGUACUAAGUGCAGCCUCCACAAUGUUCCACAAUUUUUGUGCUGAAAUGGCGGAAACCGUCGAAGCAGUUGUCGCCUCGGUCGAUUAUCGCCUCGCACCGGAGCACCGGUUGCCGGCGGCUUAUGAUGAUGCUAUGGAAGCAUUGAGUUUGAUUAGGUCAAGUGAUGAUGAAUGGUUGACUAAAUAUGUUGACUUUUCAAAAUGUUUUCUAAUGGGAAAUAGUGCUGGAGGUACAAUUGCGUAUCAUGCAGGACUACGUGUAGUUGAAAAGAUGAAUGAUCUUGAGCCGUUGAAAAUUCAAGGGUUGAUAUUGCGUCAACCAUUUUUUGGUGGGACCAAUAGGACUGAGUCAGAGUUAAGACUUGAGAAUGAUCCUGUUUUUCCUUUGUGUGUUAGUGAUUUGAUGUGGGAGUUAGCGUUACCAAUUGGUGUUAACCGUGAUCAUGAGUAUUCCAAUCUAAGGGUUGGGAAUGGUGUUGAUGAAAAACUUGCUAAGAUUAAGGAUCAUGAGUGGAGGGUGUUGGUGAGUAUGAAUGGUGGAGAUCCAUUGGUUGAUCGUAAUAAGGAGUUGGUGAAAUUGUUGGAGGAAAAGGGUGUGGAAGUGGUGAAGGAUUUUCAAGAAGAUGGUUUUCAUGGAGUUGAGUUUUUUGAGCUAUCCAAAGCAAAGAACUUUAUUGAGGUGGUGAAAGGUUUCAUCUCCUAGUUCGAUGCUUAGGGUCAACAUGUUUGACGUUUCUUUGCUACCUUGAAUUAUUUUCCUUUAUUUGAACGUGUAUUAUGGAUUUACUAUUAAGAAUUACAUAAACAUGAGUCAAUAAAAUGUUACUACCUCCGUUCUUGUUUAAGUGUCACUUUAAGACAUUUUACACAAA